CAAAAUGUCUUUGUGAGUGAAAAACUGGGUUUUUUUUUUUAUUUUUCCUUACCUUGUAGGGCUGAGCUCGAGCUAUAAAAAAAGCCAACUUUGAUUUCUUUGUAGUUUUUCAUCCUUAAUCCAUUCUUGAGGUCAGUUUUUCAUCCUUAAUCCAUCUAGAUUUUGAUCGGAAAGUCUUCGGAAUCGGCAGUGGAAGAAGAGUGAAUUGUUUCAUCCUUGUCUUGCCAUGGCCAUGUAUAUUCGUGUGAAGCGCAUGAAAACCACUUACUUUAUCCAAUGUGAUCCAACAGAGACUGUUUUGGAUGUUAAGCAAAAACUGUUUGUCCUCAUUGAGCAACCAGUUACCAAUCAGCGUCUGGUCUUAAUGUCUACCGAAGAAGUAUUAGAGGAUUCAAAAACUUUAGCAGAUCAGAAGGUUGAGAAUGAUGCAGUUGUGGCUUUGACUUUGAGGAAAGAUGAUAACGAGUUUGAGGAUGUCAACAUUGCACAGCCCACAGACUUCUCAAUUUCAUGAAAAGUUACUUACUGUAUCAAGGAAACCUCAGGAGAAGGUACUAUUGAUUCAAACAUAAGGAGAAGUCUAUAAACGCCUGAAGUUGUUUCUUUGCGUCUCUGCUUGCGUUAACAUCUCUUUAGUUGUUACAGACAAUUGUUGUAAGUAAAGAUAUUGAGAUGUGGAAGUUUGAUUGCAAUUUGCAAGAUUACUAGUUUUUACGGUC